AUGGCGAUCAAAGCACUGUGCCUCGCGCUUACCCUUGCCUGCGCUGUGACAUCAGCGCCAGAAAGCAGGAUCGCCGACGGAACCCCCAUUACCAUCGAGGAGUUCCCGUAUAUCGUGGCGUUGGAGUAUCACUUCCCGGCGUCAGGUAUCCGAGUUCAACGCUGCGUGGGCUCUCUCAUCUCGUCCUGGCAUGUCCUCACUUCGUCUUUUUGCUACCUCGGCGCGGUCCUGUCGAACAUGCAAGUUCGCGCUGGCUCCACAAACAUCAUGUCCGGUGGAACGGUUGUAAAUAUCCGCGACGUGAUUAAGCACCCUGACUACCAGCAAAGUCCACGCACCGCCGACAUCGCUAUCGCUGUGCUGGAGGCUCCGCUCGGCAUCUCCGACACCAUCAACGUGCUGUUCCUGCCGCCGCAAGGCACCCACAUCCCUGAUGGACAAAGUUUGAAGGUCGUCGGCUGGGGCUUUGAAUCGAUGGACGGUCCGCAAGUGGAAACUUUGCAAACGAUCAAUCUAAGGAAGGUGGUCCUGGACAAAUGUCUAGCUGACUACGCAGACAAGGACGGCGUUGUUAUUGAUGACCGCGUGAUCUGUGCCAGUGAGGGAGGUCAAAUUAGCACUUGCUUGGGCGAUCACGGUGCCCCGAUGGUCAUCAACCAAGUCGUCGUCGGUCUCGCUUCUUAUUUCGACGAGUGCAACACUGACGUGUAUCCUAAUGUGUUCACAAGGAUCGACCGGUUCACGGACUGGAUCUUGGAGGUUUCGGUCGCUCCAUACAGUAACAACACCGUUGUAAGGACCCGUCCGGUUGCAUUGUAA